GUGUUGUCUAAGCCCUUCAUGAUGCUAGGCAACAAUGUGCCCCUGACGGUGACCUCCAGAAGACAGAACUUUGCCGGCUACUGCAAGGAGCUGGCGGAUCGUAUUUUCAACCACCUGAAUCUCAACUACGAAAUUCAUCUAGUAAAGGAUGGUCUCUACGGGGCCAUUGAUCCAGCCACCAAUACCUGGAACGGAAUGGUCGGGGAGGUGUUGCGCGGCGAAGCAGACAUAAUUAUUGCUCCGCUGACAAUGACCAUAUCUCGAGCAAAGUAUAUUGACUUCACAGAGCCCUUUAUGAACUUUGGCCUGUCACUGAUGCUUCGAAAACCGGGAAAAACCAAGCCUGGCAUGUUCAGUUUUCUCUCGCCGUUGACUAACUCGGUUUGGCUCUGCACUGCGGCUGCAACCGUCGUGGUAGCGCUGGCGCUGACCCUCAUCGCCCACAUCUCACCGAAGGAACGCACGCGACCCGACGUCCCUCUGGAUCUCUCCCUAGGUAACAGCCUCUGGUUCUCCUUCGCCUCCUUUGUCCACGAGGGCAUUGACAUCUUUCCCAUCUCCGCUAGCACACGCGUCUUCGCCUUCGUGUGGCGCUACUUCUGUCUGGUGAUCAUGGCCUACUACACGGCAAAUCUGGCUGCCGCGCUGUCUGAUCCCUCCGCCUUUGUGCCGACCAUGCAGGCGGGCUUCGAUCGGGUGCGCAGCUCGCCCUAUGCCUUUGUGGUGGAGUCCAAGAUGAAUGAAUUUAUCAACCACCGGCAGCCCUGUGACACGAUGAUGGUCGGCGGUACUUUUGGCAGCAAGGCCUACUCCAUCGGCGUGUCCUCCAAACGGGCGGAUAUGCGUAUUUUCAAGGAGCACAUCACAGACGCCAUCUUGCGACUGCGGGAGGAGCAGAUUCUGGCAAAAAUGUACAAGGAGUGGUGGAUUGAGAAGGGUGAGUGUCAUGCUGCCAAGGAUGGACCGACCUGUGAACCCUUGGCUCUGGUUAAUCUCUCUGGCGUCUUUUACAUCCUCAUCGCCGGCCUAGUUCUGGCCAUCCUCAUUGGUGUAUCGAUGUUCAUGUGGCGGUUGAAGAGGUACAAACGGCUUCAGCGGUCGUAUCGGCGUCUGGCCGUCGGGAACCCCCUGAGACCUCAAGCGGAGGGAAACUGA